CUUUAAAGGGUGCACGAAGACGCGUGAUGACUGAAGUGAAGGUUCAGCCGGAGAAAUGACCGCUGAGAUUAGCCGUAGUGUGGAAGGGACUGGGUCCGAACAUUUAUGACCAGUUCGGUAUUUGUAGACGUGUCAUUAGGAGCAGAUUCUAGACGAUCAUGGCUCGAGUUGUGAAGGUGCUUCGCACUCUUCGGAACCACUGGAAAAAGUCCACGUUUGCGGCGUGCGUGCUGUCCUACGGCGGACACUGGCUCUACGGAAAACAUUGUGACAAUGUGUUGCGAAGGGAAGCCUGUCUGGAGGCCAGGGAGUUCGGGCGCCAGCUCAUUUCGCCUCACCAGCAGCUGACGAAGGCCACAGUGAUCCUGAACCCGGCUGCCUCCAGUGGGAAGGCCAGCAGUCUGUUUGAGAAGAACGCUGCCCCCCUGCUCCACCUGGCAGGCAUGGAGGUGAAGAUCGUGAAGACGGACUUCGAGGGCCAGGCUAAGAAGCUGAUGGAGCUGAUGGAGCAGACAGACAUGCUGAUCGUUGCCGGGGGCGACGGGACUCUACAGGAGGUAAUCACUGGGCUACUUCGCAGAGCUGAUGAGGUGUCGUUCAGUGGAACUCCCAUUGGCUUCAUCCCACUGGGCUCCCAGAAUUCCUUGAGCCAGAGUCUGCAUUUUCAGACGGAAAACAAGGUUAAAGACAUCACCGCGGCGACGCUGGCCAUCCUGAAGGGAGAGACGGUGCCUCUGGACGUGCUGCAGAUCAAGGGGGAGAAGGAGCAGCCAGUGUUUGCCCUGAUAGGACUGCGCUGGGGGGCUUUCAGAGAUGUGGCUGCCUCCAUCAGCAAGUACUGGUAUCUGGGCCCUGUGAAGACCAUGGCAGCCCACUGGUUCAGCUCAUUAAAGAGUUGGCCGCAGGUCCACCAGGCGUCUCUGUCCUACCAGGCCCCCACGCCCCGCCCCCCAGAGGAGUCCACAGUGAAGCCCCCCCGCCCCGCCCUCAUCUACCGCAUCAUCCGCCGGCUAAAGAACUACUGGAACCCCCCUGUACCGGAGCCCCCUAAGGAGGAGGAGCCAGAACGCUGGGAGGAGCUCCAGAUAUCCACAGUCGAGCUGUCAAUCAAGACCAACAACAGAAACCCAGUUGCCAAACGCUCAGAGGACUCCAUGCAGGUGUGUGUGGAGCCAGAGACCAUGACUGUGGGAGAGUUCAUCAAUAUUGGGAGAGAGAAAGCUGGGGAUCCGAUGCUGUGCAGCCAGCGUGGGCAGAACCUGGAGACCAGCGCCUGCCACCUCACCCUGCCCCAGGAGGGCGCCGGCUUCUACAACAUCGAUAACGAGCAGUACGAGGCCGUGCCGGUGGAGGUGCGGCUGUUGCCACGGAAACUGCGCUUCUUCUGCAGCCAGGAGCGCAGGCAGCAGCUGCUCUCGGAGGCCCACUGACGGACCAAUCGGCUGCGGGGAAGAGAAGAAGAGGAGGAUGCUGGGAUAGAGGGACAGCCGAGAGAGAGAGAGAGAGAGAUGGAGUCAUGGUGGGACGUUGUGAUCGUGAGCAGGCCUCAGUGCUGUGUGCAGGGCCACAGGACCCGACCUCACCCCACACUGUGUUCCCCGUUCACUGGAGACUCUCAGAAACUCUCGUAACGGCUGAGACAUCAGAACUGUCUUCUCUCUGUCACUUCCUUCUAUAAACUGUCACUCUCGUCAUGGUUGGAACGAUACGCUGGGUCUGAAGUACCUAAUACAGUUUUGUCUUUUGUUUUUUUUUCUUCUCAUUUUGUUAACCAAACAUUAAAAUGCUUUAGUCA